CCAAAGUUAUUAAAACAUUCAGUGAAGCUCCUCCUACAGCAAUCCACCAAUAAAUGCUGGAGUCAAACACAGAGAGAAAUCACUCCAUACUGAAAGCUUCAUGACUUCUUGUUGGUGUUGAUAGAAGAGCUUGAGAAGAUGAGAGAUUCACAACCAUGCAGAAUAAAGAUUGAAGAUACUGAAGAACAAAGAGAUAUCAUGAUGGAAAUAAACAAAGAAAAUCAUCAUCAACUGAAUAAAGCUGAUGAAACGCAUAAUAAUAUUACAACAAUACAGAAUGUUGCACAGAAAGGAACUCGAAGAACAGGAGACAAACUGUGUAAAAAGAGUUUGAAAAGAGAUGGACGCCAUACGGAUCGCUCGAGGACUCACAGUGAGGAGAAGCCCACGUGUCAUCACUGUGGGAAGAGUUUCAACAGAAAAUCAUACCUCGCAGUGCACAUAAAAAUACACACUGGAGAGAAACCAUUUGCUUGCGAUCUGUGUGAAAAAACUUUCCUAACUACAAAUGAACUUAAGAUACACAUGAGAACUCACACUGGCGAGAGACCAUACACUUGUUACGAGUGUGGAAAAAGUUUUACCCAAUUAUCAGUGUUAAAGGCACAUGCGAAAAUCCACACCGGAGAGAAACCAUACACUUGUCACGAGUGUGGAAAAAGUUUUUUCAAUAUAUCACACUUAAAUAGACAUACAAAAAUCCACACCGGAGAGAAACCAUACACUUGUCACGAGUGUGGAAAAAGUUUUUCCCAAAAACCAAACUUGAAGAGACAUACGAAAAUCCACACUGGAGAAAAACCAUUCACGUGUGAUCUGUGUGGAAGGAGUUUUAUCGGUAAAGGCGCUCUUAAGAGACACAAGAUAAUUCACACCGGAGAGAAACCUUUUACAUGCAGUCAAUGUGAAAAAAGUUUUAGAAGUAAAACCGAACUUACAGCACACAUGAAAAUUCACAGUAAAGAAAAACCUUUUGUGUGUCAUCUGUGUGGAUGGAGCUUUACAAUGACACGCGCUCUUCAGAUACACAUGAGAAUUCACACUGGAGAGAGACCAUUCACGUGUGAUCUGUGUGAAAAAAAAUUUACAAGUAAAGACGCUCUUCAGAUACACAUCAAAAUUCACACUGGAGUGAAACCAUUCGUGUGUGAUCUGUGUGGAAAGAGUUUUUCAUAUCUAUCUAGCCUUCAGAUGCAUGCAGAAGUUCACAUCGAAGAGAAACCGUUAACAUGCACUCAGUGUAACAAGUGUUUCAGUAGUAAACCCAACCUUAAAGUACACAUGAAAAUUCACACUAAACAGAAACUUUUCGCUUGUCUUCAGUGUGAAAAGUGUUUCCGAGAUGAAAGUCACCUUAAGAGACACAUGACCAUUCACACUGGAGAGAAACCAUUCAGGUGCUGUCGGUGUGAAAAGUGUUUCAGAGAUAAAUAUCAACUUAAGAGACACAUGACAGUUCACAUGGAGAGAAACCAUUCAGAUGCUGUCAGUGUAAAAAGUGUUUCAAAAGAAAAUCUCACCUUAACACACACAUGAGAAUUCACGCUGGAAAGAAAUUGUUCCCAUCUGUGGAGUAAUGAUAUGAGUGGACUUUUUGUUGUAAAUUGUGAUUUAUAUGUUGCAUAGGACCUACGACGUAGACUAUACGUGACAGUUUUCAUUUUAACUUCCCUCGAUGUACAUUGCACGUGCAGAUUACUAGUAGGUGGUGUACAUGGGCAUGUUACAGCUAGUGAUGGUCACUUUUUUAAACAAAUUUUGUACUUAAUAUAUUUUAGUUGUAAUUUAAUUGUAAUAAAGUACAAAUUUGAGAGUAUUUUGUGGACUUUUGUGUGCUAAAGUGAAACAACUUCAAGUGUACCUUUUUAAGCACAUGACUGUGUUUGUGCUAAAUGCAGGCUUGAUAAGUGAAUUUCGAGUGUGU